AUGGACAUAGAGCUUGGAGCAGAGGUGAUGAUGGAGGCAACGGAGGAGAUGUCAGUUAGCUGUACGAUGAUAACCGGGGUAGCUGAGCAGCUGAACAGCUGUCCAUCGUCGGUAGCAAAUCUGAGGUUCGAAGAGGAACUAUCGGAGGAUGAAAAAACCAGUCUAGGGUCUCUAAUCAAACGGCGAUGGAGAUGCUAUCCUGGUAGCGACGGGCAGAUCGGCAUCACCGAUCAGGCGGAACACGUGAUCGACCCCGGCGACGCACAACCAGUCCGAUCCGCACAAUAUCGCGUUUCAAGGUAUGACAGGGACAUAAUUGUCGACGAGGUGGCCGAAAUGCUCAGAGGAGGAAUUGUCUGGACCUCGUCAAGCCCUUUGGCAGCGCCAGUAGUUUUGGUAAGCAAAAAAGAUGGGACCGGUACUUCUUCAUUUGCCGCCUUCCGUGCCAUAAAAUCCCGUGACCCUAAAGCAAAGGUCUUAGUCAUUGGUGAAGAAAACCACUUGCCUUACAUGAGGCCACCACUAUCGAAAGAACUGUGGUUCAGUGACGAUCCCGAAGUGUCAAACAAACUAAAGUUUAAGCAGUGGAACGGAAAAGAGUGUGGCAAACCGAAAUCGUUGCCAUCGCUGAGCAGUGCCCCGGAAAAUGUCCAGGUGUACGUAACACUAUUCCGCAAUAUUGAUGACUUCAGGCGACUCGAAUCCAUCUCUCGCCAAGUCAAAUCCAACACGAUCAUCGGUGGUGGAUUCCUCGGCAGUGAACUUCCCUGCGCUCUUGCAAGAAGAGCCAAAACAAGUGGACUGGAAGUACUUCAAGUCUUUCCUGAAGACGGUAACAUGGGCAAAGUUCUCCCGAAAUAUUUGAGCCGAUGGACGACCGAGAAGGUGAUGGGUGAAGGUGUUCAGGUUUUACCCAAGACGCACGUUCAGGGAGCAACCAUGGAAGAUGAUUAUGUCGUUUUGACCUUGCAGGAUGGACAAAAGUUUAAAACAGACCAUGUUGUUGUUGCUGUCGGUCUGGAUGCUAACACGGAUUUGGCUAUCGCCUCUGGUUUGGAAAUUGACCCCAAUUUCGGCGGUUACAGAGUCGAUGCUGAACUUGAAGCCCGUUCUAACGUCUGGGUGGCUGGUGAUGCUGCCUGCUUUUACGAUAUCAAACUGGGUCGUCAUCGUGUUGAACAUCAUGAUCAAGCUAUCUUGUCUGGUCGUUUAGCGGGAGAAAACAUGACCGGCGCUGGCAAACCCUACUGGCACCAUUCCAUGUUUUGGUCAGACUUGGGACCUCCCCACAUAGCACCGGGCUGUCGUUAA